GACAAACCGACUAGUGUAGUUAUAAUAUACUAAUCAAAAUCAACUUCAUUGGAGUCAUCACCUCCAUUGGAGUCUUUUAUUUCCUGCUAAAUUCUUUCUUUUAUUCAAAGAAGUAAGACGGGCUGCAACGGCAUUUCCAUCUCUCAUUUCAUUUCAGUUUCAACGCCCUUUUUCCAUCUCUCUCCCUCUCCCUUCAAUUCUAAUCCCUUCCCUUCCUUUCCACAUCAUUCUCCAAACUGCAAGCAUAAAACAUGGUGUCCGACCGCGUUGAUACUUCUUAUUUUGAUUCUGCCAUGGAAGUAGCGGAAUCGGGGUGGCGAGGAUUCUAUUAUCCUCAACGCGGGCACAUCUUAUUUGACAGUCUGAGAAGGACAUUAGCAAUGCUCAAAUCAUUCUUUGUUGUUUUCUCCCUAAAACUAGACCAUCUGCAAAAUGCCAAGCUGGCAUCUUUCUUACAAAAAAUUGAACAAACUGUUCGUCGACAUGCAAACCAAUUUCAUCCCCUUCCCCUUGGUGAUGAUGGUUAUAUUACUCCCGAGCAGGGUAAAGUGUUCCAUCAGUUUCAAUUAGACGUUCUCCGAUUUCUGAAUAAAGCUCAAAAAUGGUACAUCACUAUGGAGGAUUCGUUGCUGCGACAUUCCCUUGUUACUGUAGGUGAGAUCUCCGCAAUCAUCGACUCCAACUUGGGGAUACUAGAAUUCAUCAAUUCCAAUUUGAAGAUUGAAACAAUCCGCUUUUUUGAUGGGCUGAAUCACCCCGAGGAGGAACCCACUCAGAUUAUCAAGGCAGAAAUGACUUUGUGGAUGAAAUUCUUGCGAAGUCUCAUCUGCUUUGCUCAUGAACCCACUCAAACUUUGUUGGCUCACGCUGAAGCCGUUUCUAUCCAUUUAAAUCUCGUUUUUAUGCGGAAUUUGGAGGACGCACUUUACGGGCUUGAAGUGUAUCUUGUACACAAUGCACGGUACGAAGAGGAUGAUGAUGGAGAGAGCGAUAAAGUGAGACUGUUAGCAUUGGUGGAAAAGAUCAAGCCUAGUAAUCUUCUCAGUUCUGAGACAUACAAUCAAGCCCUCAGGAGCUCAAAGUUGUCGAGACAAUCACUUUCUUCCACUCCACAAGACAUGGAUGAUGGCACCUUCAUUGCAACAGAUAAUUUCCUUUAUUCUCUCAUUUCUGUCCUUUGGGAGAUGCUACGACGAAACACUGGUAGUGUGGUUUCUAGCAAGGAUCACCUGCGAGAGUUCUUCGAAGGACUUAGAUCAUUAAGAAGCAUUCUCUGGCAGCAGAAAGCGCAACAGCCAAACAACAUUAUUCCAGACAUUGUUGAAGCAGUAUGUGAUGCCGGGGUUUUAUGUUCUUCCCUGAAUCAGACAAAUAUGGAACCAAACCUUGGGAUGUUUCAGGAUUUCACGGAAACAAUCAGCUCAAUCCGAACAAAGGUUGGUGGGGCGGAUCCACAGCUACCAACAUUCAACUUUCCCACUACUAAUCAGUUGGGUUUUGUGGACUUUGUGACGCAAAAGCUGAUUGAGCUAACAAGUGGCAAAAGUCAGCAUGUCCAAACUAUUCAUGAUGAACUUGUCUCCAUAAGACCUUUCUUGGGGGACAUUGUGAAGUUGCAUCGCCAGCAUGAGGAACUCCAAACUCUCUGGGACCGUAUUUUGAAGAUGGCUUAUAAGGUGGAGAGUUUUAUUGACUCCCUACUGGUUGAUACUUCAGAUGAUCUUUUUUCUGGGUCAUUUGAUUCCAUCAUGGAAGACAUCAGAAAUAUUAAGAUGGAAAUGCAAGUUCGGAGGCCAGAAAUCGAAAGCAGAAGGCCAGAAAUCCAAGCUGUGAAGGAAGGAAGUGGGAAAUGGGAUCCUGUGGUAUCACAAAAAACAACUUUGUUGACCCCGACAGAUGAGGUUGUUGGUUUGGUUGAUGAUGCAAAAGUAAUCAUGGAUCAGCUCAAAAGAGACACAAAGCAGUUAAGAGUUGUUGCCAUUGUGGGUAUGGCCGGACUGGGCAAGACCACCUUCGCAUCAAAGAUUUACAAUCAUAGUUCUAUUUCGCACCGCUUCGCUGCUCGUGCAUGGUGUCCAAUCUCUCAAGUGGUGAACAAAAAGAAUGUGCUCUCAGAACUUAUGAAGCAAAUUGAUCCUCGAGUAGAUCUUUCCGAGCUCAAGGAACAAGAUUAUGAAGAAAAGCUCUGGCGCAUGUUAAAAGGAAAAAAAUAUCUCAUAUUUUUAGACGAUGUAUGGGAUAUGGAAGCGUUGGACAGCUUGACAAUAUCAUUCCCAGAUGACAAGGUCGGAAGUAGAAUUCUUUUGACAAGUCGAUAUGAAGAUGUUGUUCCUGAAGAGAUGCUACUUGAUGGGAAAGUUCAUUUGCUCAGGAACCUCAAUGGAGAGGAGAGUUUGGAGUUACUGAAUAGGAAGCUAUCCCCUAGAGAGGAAGAUUUGAAUAGCGAUCUUGUGAAGCAAAUAGCGGUAUAUUGUAAGGGAUUGCCGCUAACCAUCAUGAUCGUAGCUGGACUUAUGGCAACCACAGGACCAAAAGGUUGGGAACAAAUCCGGGAUGAUUUAAGCUCAGGAAGUGCAUCUGUCACUGAGCACUGCUACGAAACAUUGGAGAGAAGCUACGGACACUUACCAGAUUAUUUAAGGCCAUGCCUCCUCUAUUUUGGUACAUUUCCAGAAGAUGAGCGUGUUUCAGUUGAGAAGUUGCUGUAUUUGUGGAUCGGCGAAGGUUUUGUUCGAGAAGUUGAGGGAAAGCGCAAAAAAGAUGUUGCUGAGGAGUACUUGAAAAGUUUGAUUGGAAGGAGCUUGAUUUUUGUUUCCAGGGGAAUAUCAGAUGUUGGAGCCGAAACUUGCUACGUUCACGAUUUGGUUCAUAGUUUUUGCUUGCAGAAAGCUGAAGCUGAACAGUUCUUCCACUUAGUGAAAGGUGUUGAUGAGCUUAGGAACUUCAGUGAGCCGUGCAGCUUGCGGAGGUUAUGCAUACAUUCUGAACCCUCUCAUUUUUGGGAAUCCAAGUUGUUUAGUCCUCGUGCACGUUCUUUGCUUUUCCACCGCCACAAAUCAGAAACUGGGUGGCUUCCUCCGGUAACAGACGCUUCCUUCGUGAUUGGAAUGUGCAAACUUUUGAUGGUGUUGGAUAUGUAUGACAUGACGUUAUUCUCGGAGUUUCCAAGUGAUAUAGAAGAGCUUGUUCAGUUGUCAUUCCUAGCAAUCUCCGGCCAUUUCCUUUCCAUCCCAUCAUGUAUAGGUAAGCUCACAAAUUUGGAAACUCUCAUUCUGUGGACACCUUUCGACGAGCUUUCAUUCCCUGACAGUCUUUGGAAUCUACGGAAAUUAAAGCUUAUUGAAUUUUCUGGCUCCAAGUACUAUGGCGGGUUUGUCAUUUCCUUGGAAAAUCUCGACAACUCACCCGUGUUAUGUGAGUUGGAAAAAUUUUGGAGGUUAAGAAUUCCUUUUGGGAGCAACAUAGAAUUACUGAUGAGAAAGUUUCCAAACGUUGGUAGUUUGAAAUUCAUUGUUUGCCAAGGUGAUGAUGGAAGUGGAAUGGAUUCUAACGGAAUCAUAUUUCCCGACUUCCUGCUUCAACUUGAAUCACUUGAACUGUCAUGGGAUGGGGGUUUCAGGUGCGAUGGUGAAUUUGAGCUGAGUUUUCCAGCAUCUUUGAAAACAUUGACAUUGGACAGCUGUGAUUUCUGUUGGGGGGCUUUCUCGAUUAUUGGUAAACUGCCAAAUCUCGAAGUCCUCCGAUUGCAUUGGGUUACCUUCAAAGAGGGGAUUUGGGAAAUGAAAGAAGGGGAUUUCUCUAAACUUAAAUUCUUGAGAUUGUAUCGCUUGGAGAACCUUGCCAGAUGGACAGCUGACAACGUUGAAUUUGGCAGUCUUGAGAUCUUAGUAUUGAGCUGGUGCACCAAGAUUGAAGAGUUGCCUGAUGGUCUGGAAAAAGUGGUGACACUUAAAAUGAUUGAGAUCGAUCAUUGCACAGAGACAGCACAAGAUUGGGCAAGACAAGUUGAGGAGAAACAGGUGGAAGAUUGGGGAAAUUCAGAGUUUAAGGUCAUUAUUUCUUCAUGAAAAUGGCCUUUUCUACUGCUGUUUCCUUUUAAACUUUGUAGUGACUUUCCUUUGUAUCUCUGAUUACACCUCUUUUCUACUGUUGUUUCCUUUUAAACUUUGUAGUGACUUUCCUUUGUAUCUCUGAUUACACCUUUGUGUUCAUGAAUUAAUGUGGAAUGUUGUUUUUUUU